UGGAGAUCUGGACUAUGAAGAGUUAAGGCCGCAGACACUAGCUAUGGAUUUCAGGAAGCAAAAAAUCUCCGAGGCUGGUGUGCGUUGCAUCUUUUGAAGGAGCUGUGGGCUGCUAGUGCCACUAUCUCUUGAGCCUAUCUCUUGAGGCUCAAUGAACCCAAAGAGGCCUCAGGAGCAGAAGGAGCAAGGCCUUGAGUGCUGAGAAGCAAUUACAGCGCAACCCUGGUAUCCGCACACAUGUCACUGGCCAUGAAAGCUCGGCAGAAAGUAAGGAGGAAGGCAGCGCCUAAAGACCGGGUCUUUGGGUGUGACCUGGUGGAGCAUCUCCAGUUAUCUGGUCAUGAUGUCCCCCAGGUCCUGAAGAGCUGCACAGAGUUUGUAGAAAAGUAUGGGAUAGUGGAUGGAAUCUACCGGCUGUCGGGAGUCUCGUCAAACAUCCAGAAACUAAGGCUUGAAUUUGACACCGACCGCUGCCCAGAUCUCAACAAAGACAUCUACCUGCAGGACAUCCACUGUGUGAGCUCCCUCUGCAAGGCCUACUUCCGGGAGCUGCCCAAUCCCCUCCUCACAUACCAGCUGUACGACAAGUUUGCGGAUGCUGUGGCUAUUAAGCUGGAAGAGGGCCGGCUGGUGAAGAUCAAGGAAGUGCUGAAGGAACUCCCGCCACAACACUACAGGACCUUGGAGUUCCUGAUGAGGCACCUAGUCCGCAUUGCAUCUUUCAGUGCUGAGACCAGCAUGCAUGUGAGGAACCUGGCGAUUGUUUGGGCUCCCAACCUCCUCAGGUCCAAAGACAUCGAGGCAUCUGGUUUUAAUGGCACAGCAGCCUUCAUGGAGGUCCGCAUCCAGUCCAUUGUGGUGGAAUUUAUCCUCACUCAUGUGGAGCAGCUUUUUGGAGACGCUCCUCUCUGUGCAGGCAGCCGUGAAUCCCUCAGGAAAUCUCUCCUUCUUAUGGGGUCGCAAACAGUCCUCUAUGACGACAAAUACAGCUUUCCCUGCAAUGUUCCAACCAUGCUGAACCAGGGAGAUGGUCCUCCACAGAUGCGCCCGUACCACACCAUUAUUGAUCUCAACGAUCAUAAAAGAAAGGGCUCCCUUAAGGCAAAGAAAUGGAGGUCCAUCUUCAAUCUUGGCCGAUCCAGUAAUGACUCAAAGCGCAAGCUGAACAAGCCAGAGGAAAAAGAAGUGGAGAAAAUGCGAUUGCGACCAGCCAAAAGCAUGGAUUCCCUUAGCUCUAUGCCCUGUGUGAGCGAUGAUGUUCCUCAGUUGGGGAGAAAAAGGUCCCAGAAGCAGCCCAUUCAAUGCCAUGAGAGUUUUAAUAGCCAUUCUUCACAAGACAACAGCUUCCUGGAGUUAGAGAAGAUCAAAGCCGAGGAAGGAACGGGUGAAUCUGAGGGGGAAGCUACUGCCAAGUCAGAGCCCACAACCCCAAAGGCCAGCAGGUCCAGCCUUGUUGGAGUGGCCCCCCAAGGGCGAUCACCCCAGUCUGCAAGGAGCCGGGCAGAAAAGUGUGCUGGGGUUCACAUCUCCGGGCCUAUCUCCGUCACGGUCCCUUUCCACAUUACCUCCAACCUCACGUUAUCCCGACUGACUCGGGGGCUGGAGUGCCCUGCCCUGAGCUACUGCACUUUGGAGAAGGAAGCGCCUGAGACUACUUUGGCCACAGAGGUAAUACCUUCUUUGAAGCAGAAAGAAGACAAGCCUAAGCUGAUGUCGGAGAGCAGCAUGGACAAGAAAGAUCCUACAGAACCAGACGUGACAGUGGAAAGCCCGCUGGAAUUGGAGAGCCAGUUGUCUCUGGAAGUCCAGGAUUCCUUUUCCUUCCUGGACAGCCAGGAUGCUUGGCUGGGUGACAGCCUUGAUAGUGACCAGCCCUGGAAAAGUCCGCACAUGGCCACCAAUUUUGCAGUCCAAGAGACAGAUGACUUCCCAGCCAUGGAUGAUGAUAUGGGAAGUGGAUUCAUGAAUGAAAUGAUGGGAGAAAGCUGGCAGAUGGAGACAUUUUCUGCUGUGCCAUCACUGAACUAUCUGUCCAUUGAGGAGUGUAUGAAUGAACAUUCAGAUGAGGAAGAUGACCAAUACUAUCUAGCCAUGGGUUGUCUGGAUAAGGAAGAGCACUCCAAGGAGGUGGACUCUGAAGAAGUCUAUCUGAGUGCAUAUGAUGAUCUCAGCCCUUUAGCUAGUGAAUUAAAACAUUCUCAGCAUUUCAAUGAAGCUCCAGAGCUCCCUCUCAUAGGAAAUCUGAUGGAAGAUCAACCCUUCAGUCUUCUUGGAGAGAUUUCACCUACAGACCCAGCGGUAUCUGAAGCAGAUGUGGGACUUUUGCCAGGCACUCCUCUAGCAAACAAUCCACAAUUAGCCAAUUUGCAUUUAGACUCAGAACUACCAAGCUUGGCAGAGGAAGAGGAUGGAGUGUUCCUGAGUUCAGGAAGCGAUUCCCAUGAGUUGGAAACAUCUGAAAAGAAUGGAACCAAAGCAACUGAGAUAAAGCCCAGUUUGCCUUUGUCUUUGCAAGCAAAAGAUUCAAAUGCUGGAGAUGAAGAUGACCUCCUUCUUGAAAGAGGAUGUUUGCUUCAAGCAGAAUACCCUCUCAGAACUUCAGAAGAAAACCAGGAAAAAAUUGUGGCUCCAGAGUAUGGAACUCAGGCAACUCAACCAAGCCUCAAGGAUGAGCAGCAGCUACAAGCUCAGGUUGCAUCAGAAAUGGAGCAGGUUCAGUGGCCUCCUUGCUUGCCCAGCUUAGAGGCUGAUGGACCAACUCCAGAGGUUGCUGGAACAUCUGAUGAGCACGUGGACUGUGAGUUCCUACUUCAAGAGGCUCAGCAGCUACUGAGCAGAGAGAUUUCCCAAGCUUCUUCAUCACUGGAAGAUCAAAGUUUGACUCAGACUCACAUCCAACAUUCUCCCUCAUCCGGCAGUAUAUCUGAAAUGCCAUGUUCUGAGAUGCAACCUCUGCCUGACCCUAUGCUCGACUUGAGUCCUGAGCAGCUUGAGUAUUGGUCCCACACAUCCCUUCCCCAUGUCCCGUUGUCUGACAGCUGCACUGAGUCUUCUUCCUCGUUGCUCGUGGCCUCUUUCCGUAAGAGCUGUCCAGAAAGUCUUCUGUGGAAACCUUAUUAUGCACCACCAGAAGAAACUUCAGCUGCCCCCAAGCACAACAUGCAACCUGAUGGAAGUGUCUCCAUGAGAAAGACCUCCAGCAUCGUCCGAGUCCAGCAGGUGAAAUCUUUCCCGGUUGUGCCUCCAAAGCCACAAUUUGCCAAGAUCCCUCCUUUCCUAACGCCAGCCUCUCCUACCAAGGAAGCAUCCAUUCUGUGGCCUGACCCACCAAUAUCAGAUAAGAAUGAUGAAGAUGAGAUGAAGAACGGGUCUGAUGAGGACACUAUGUGCAAACCACCUUGCUCUACCAGCCUGACCACCGACAGCAGUGAAUCUGUAGAAAGUCUUCCUGCGUCUUCUGAAAUGCCCACCUCUCCGGGUAACUGCCUCGGUGGUUCAGGGGCCCUUCAGAAGCAGCGGAAUUCUAUGCCAGUGUGUCUAGAGAAAUAUGACAGGGAUGAGGAGAGCAGAGGGGACACGCUUCAAAACUUGCAGUGCUCCUCGCCUGCAAGUUUGGAUAAAUGCAGCCAUUGGUCCAAGAACGAUGUGUUCGGCGGAGAUGACCUCCAGAAGAUGAAGUGUUCCCUUCCAGGGAAUUUAAAUAAAUGCAGUGGAAAUUCUAAAAGAGAAGAAGAAAAAGGGGAACCAGCUCAGAAAUAUCAGCUGAAUAAGCAUGGCGAAGGCAGCAGGGCUGCUCCUCAGAAGCAGAGGUGGACCAACUGGCGCAGUGGGGGGAGCAUGUCCUUUGAUGAGGCUGUUGCCCUCGCCAAAGAGAGGCAUGCGGCUCAAGCGCCGGUCAGAAGGAUGCAGACCUAUUGCUGUGGAGAUGUCGAGGGUCUGCACAGCCUCCCCAGAGCAGAAAAACCUCCCCCUUUCCCGAAACCUGCUCUGAAACCCUUAGGACAGCGCUCAUUGAGACCUCUGAGUUGCAUAGGCACAGCUGCAUCCCCAGACCUUCUGCUUUCAGGGAAGCCACUUCUUGCUCAAGCAUCAUCUGAAGUCAUUUCAGAAGGUCAGCUUUCACCUAACCAGGAGGCACCUUUCAUUGCUCAUGACCUGGCCAGGAGCAGGCUGAGCUUGCUAAAGAUGAGAAGACGCUUAUCCCUGUCAGAAGAGAUACCAGGUGCAGCACGAUAGUAACUGAGGUGACUGGCCUUGUAAGCUAAAUCAUGGAACUGGGGCAUUAGCCAUGCCUAAUUCUGUGCUGGGCUAUGGCCUGAAAAAUGUUAGUUGCUCAUACUGCAACAGAAUCCAGUUUGUAUUCUUCCAGAUUGCAAUAUCUCACCAGAAAGCCUUUUCAGUUUGUAAACAAUGAUCUGUUAAACAAAGAUUUCCCCCCCGCUGUGCAGAACUCCAUUUGAAAAUGCCUAGUUUUGUAACUCUUAAUUGUAAAGGGCCAGUGGGUGAUGGACAGACCACAGGUAGAGCAUUUGCUUUGUGUGCAGAAGGUCCAGGAUUCAAUCCUUUGCUAUCUCCAUUUAGUUAAAGAAGCACUCCAGAUUCAAGGAGAGCCAGGGAAGACCUUGGAGAAUCAUUGCCAACUAAGGCAGACAACACAGAGCAAGACAGAUCAAUGGGCUGAACAUAUAUGUGUGUAACUUUGGCAAAAUAAACAGAAUUUUCAUCUUA